AUGUCAGACAUUGAAUCUUUGAACGGUGGUGAUCUUUUCGCCGAACCAAGCGAUUUCUAUAAACCUCCACCAGAACCACAUUUUGCGACAUAUACCAGAGAUGACGUACCUGAAUCGUCUACAUCUCAGCAAAAAGACAUCAAAUUGAGACUUGUUGGCUCAUCGCCACUUUGGGGUCAUCUUCUUUGGAAUGCUGGUAUCUACACAGCUAAACAUAUGGACAGUCACCCAGAGGAGGUACAAGACAAACUUGUCUUAGAACUCGGAGCUGCCGGUGCUCUCCCAACCAUCAUUGCUGGGCUUCUUGGAGCUAGAAAAGUUGUUUCCACUGAUUACCCAGAUGCUGAUUUGAUAUCGAACAUUCAGUAUAAUGUGGAUCACAAUAUUUACGGUGGAGAAGAACUAUUUAAGGACGAAGAAAAAAGAUCUAAACAGAUGGCUAACAGGAAAGUGGUCGUCGAAGGUUAUAUCUGGGGUAACGAUUACGAACCUAUUCUAAAGCAUCUACCUCAAGAUCAGCAAAAAUUUGAUUUGAUUAUUCUCUCAGAUUUAGUGUUCAAUCAUACCGAACAUGCAAAAUUGUUCAAGACGACAAAAGACCUGUUGAGAGAAAAUGGGAAGGCGUUGGUAGUCUUUUCUCCACACAGACCAUGGUUGCUAGAAAAUGAUUUGGCGUUCUUCAAAGAUUGUGAGGAAUUUGGUUUGAAAUCAGAUCUCAUCGAGUUGACCCAUUGGAAGCCAAUGUUUGAUGAAGAUGAAGAAACCGUUGAAAUUAGAUCCAGCAUUUACGCUUAUUACUUAUCUCAUAUAUAA